AUGUCCGGGUCAUCAGCCGUUGAAGAUCUGGCGCUGGCCCUCGCCGUUGCUUUUUCCAUCAUCAUCCUAGGCUACGCCCUUCGCUUCUUCAAGGUGCUGUCCCCUCUGCAUUCCCAAUCCUCAAACGCCUCCAGCCCCAACGCCCGACCUUACAACCCCAUCUACGUCCACGUGCCACCUCAUCCUCCCACUGCACGCUUCACACAGAUUCUCACGGCCGCCCAUUCCACGGGCAUUGGUCGCUUCUGCACCUGGGUGGCCCUGCCUGCCUUUGUCUUCAAUGCCCUCAUCAACUUGGACUUUUCUGGCCUUGACCUCAACUUUUUCUACGCCUUUCUCAUCGCCAAAGGAGCCGUCGCCAUCAUUGUCAUUGCUGCCUCCCUGCUCUUUGAUCGCAACCAACCCGCCCCCCUGGCUGCUGCUUGCAUGCGAGCCGUCAUGUGUACCUUUUCUAAUGACUAUGCCCUCGGCGUCCCCGUCAUCGACGCCAUCUAUCCCAACCCCAAAUGGCGAAUGCAGUUCCAACCCUACCAGACGCAAUCAUACCUCAUGCUGGUGGCCCCCGUGUCGCUCCUCAUCAUCAACCCGAUUUGCUUUGUACUGAUGGAAAUCAGCGCCAUUCGGAAUGGGUUGCGAGACCCUCCGCGCAAAAGAUCCCCUCGGAAAAAGAAGUCCCGAACCAGAUCGAGUUCCGUCGCCGGCGAGGCCGUCGAGCUGGAGGAUCGCACCCCGUCAACCGUCCUCUCCCCUGCCGACUCGGCAUCUGCUCUAUCAUUCGCCGAAGCAUCUCGUCCUCACGCCAUCAGCCAAACUUCCGCCGACGUCGAACUCGAUGCCAGCGGUCUACCCUCCCCCGUGCCUGUGGAUGCUUACCCACUCGACCCUGGAUCUGAGCCUGAAUUGGAAAGUGAUGUUGAAGACAAUUUAAAUGACAGCGGCGAGCAGGGCCGUCCCACCUUUAGCCUGGGACGCACGAUUAUCAAGGUCCUGCUUAAACCCGUCAUCAGUAGCGUCAUCAUCGGCUUGGCCCUCAACUAUAGCCUUCUGGGCUACAGCAGUGUCCCUCUCUAUGUCGACAAGGUCACAAGCAAACUCGGCAUAGCUUUUGGUGGGCCAGCCCUUUUAAACCUCGGCGGCAACAUGCAGGGCAAACUCCGCUCCAUCGGAGGCAAGGGCCUUCUCACAACCGCUCUUCUAAUUUGCGCCAAGCUGUUUCUCUUGCCUAUUUUGGCCGCCACCCUCCUCCAGUCUUUUCACUCGGCCUCCAUCACGCAGUCCGAUGGCACCGAGGUGUCCCUCUCUGUUUUCGCCUACAUCAUGGGUACUCUGCCCACCGCAACCGCCGUCUUCAUGCUGGCCUCGGACUUUGGCAUCCUCGUCCAAGAAGCUACCGCCACUGUCCUCCUAUGCACCAUUGCCUCAGCACCCGUCAUGCUGGUCUCGACAGCCAUUGCUAGCAUCUCCAUUCAAGGUCCUGAAAAUUAUCAGGACUUGCUCGAAAGAGUUUCUGAGGACGUGGGUCUCAUAUCCACCCUUGGUGCCCUUUACCUUCUCAUCAUUCACGUGGUCGCCCCCAAGGUCAACGCGGGCCAUCGCCUCCACAUUCCAGCUCUAACUGUCAGCGCCAUCGGCCUUGGCAUCAGCCUUCAAACGUGCAAGCUCUCCACUGGCGACUUUCGCCUGCGAUAUGUUAUUAUUUGGCUCUUUGCUUCUGGUUUGCGAGCAGCCGUGCUCACCUCAACCUUGACCAUGUCCCUUGGCCUCACUCUCAAAGAGCGCUACACUCGCGGGCAACAGCGAGCAGUUGCCGUUCUUGGCGUGCUCAUGGCUUGCGCCAUGACGGCACUAGCCUGGUGGAGAAUGGAGGAACAUGAAUUUACUUACCAAGAUGACCUGCGGGGUGCCAACUGUUGGAUUAUCAACCGCAUGUCGCAUAGCCAUAACACGGCGCUCAUCUUGGACAUUGGUGUACAGGCCAGCGUUCUUGCCGUUCUCUCCGUUUCACUGGUUAUCAUGAUUCGGGCCCGCAAAGCUCGACAAGAGCUUGCCCAGAGCGACCUGAGUCAUGAUCUCUUGGCCUACGAUCGGUUGGCCUCCAACUACAGCGUGGCAUCCCAGAUGGUUGACUAUGAUGACCAGGAAGCUCUCAUGGCCGCGCGAGAAAAGCACGAAGACUAUUUGAGCUACCGCGACUUGGUCUUUGUGGCUGUUGAGAUUGUUUUUUACUUUAUCGAGCUCAUGACCCUGCUCUGGAUUCUGGCGGGUGGUGUCGAACAAAAAGAGUUUGCACAGGUUCGCGUCCUGGACGUCUUUUUACUAUCGGCUCAAGGCGUCAUCUUGUUUGCGGUGUUUGCCACCAAGCAUCGCUAUACGCUUCCGAUGCGCAACCUGUUUCGCCGCAUCGGACGGGCCAUGGGUCUACAGAAAGAAAGCUACGGCGGCUUCAACUUUGAUCGACUUGACCCCACCAUCCGUCGUCGCGUCGACAAGUUUUUGGGGCUCCGCGCCGAGUUUGAGCGGGCUUAUCCCCUUAAAAGCAGCAUCUCCCGCAAGCUGGGCCCCUAUAUGUAUUUUACAGCUGCGGAUUUGAUUUCGUUUUUGGUGCACACCAAAUUGGCCGAGAGUCGCGAUGAAGCAUUGGCGCAUGCCAUUGAGCUCAUCCGCGUCGGCGAAUUCGAGGUUGUCACCGGUCGCAUCGUGCGCGACGACCCGUCGUUGCGCUGCCGCUUCUUGGACGACGGCAACGAGGUAUCCCUGCUCUGCGAUGCUUGA